CCUGGUUUUACCUGCAGCAAACGGGCAAUGCAAUGUUAGAGGUUGUAAACGAAGAAUAUGCGAUCAAUUGAAGCCAAAGUCGUAGUUCUUGGUUCACAGGGUGUUGGUAAAACGAGUGUUGUUCUUCGUUACGUUAGCAAACACUUUAGUCAGAAAGUCACACCGACUAUUGGAGCUUCUUUCUUCACUAUAAAAUUAAAUAUUGAUGAGCAUAGAGUAAAAUUGCAACUAUGGGACACAGCUGGACAGGAAAGGUUUCGUUCAAUGGCGCCAAUGUAUUACCGCAAAGCUAACGCUGCACUAUUAGUCUAUGAUAUUACAGUACCGGAUACAUUCAAUGCAAUCAAGUCAUGGGUGGAUGAACUUCAAAGGAAUGUGGAUGAAGGAAUCAUUUUGUGCGUUUUAGGAAAUAAAUGUGAUUUAACAGAACACAGACAAGUCAGCAAGGAAGAGGGGCAGGACUAUGCUACGUCUAUCGGUGCAUUAUUCUUCGAAACAUCUGCAUUGACCAAUGAAGGUUUACAAGAUGCCUUUGUUAAUCUGUGCCAGCACCUGAUAUUUCUAUCUCAGACAUGCCCAGACUGUGGAGUUAAUGUCCUAGACAAUCAUGAAAAUGCAAUAGAGAUGGAAAAUAACCACAUUAUUCCAAAAGUUUGGCAUACAACAGAAACUAAUUUUCCAGGGAAUUUACAUGCACAACAACAUUAUUGGCGGAAUCCAUCCAUUGAGAGAGACAAAGAAACUCAUGUUUGCUGCUCUUAA